AUGGGUUCCAAUGAACUGCCACCAACUCUUCCUGUUCUCGAUUUCACCAAGGAAGAUUUGAUGCCUGGCACAAGUUCUUGGCUCAAAGCCUGCAGUGAUGUUAGGCUAGCGCUUGAAGAGUAUGGCUGUUUCGUGGUAGAGCACAACAGAUUACCACUAGGACUUAGAGAUGAAGUCUUUGGUGUUUUAAAGGAGUUGUUCGAUCUCCCAACUGAAACAAAAAUGCAAAACAAAUACGAGAAGCCCUUGAAUGGUUAUGUUGGACAGAUUGCCAAACUCCCUCUCCAUGAAAGCUUGGGCAUCGACAACGCAACAUCUCUAGAGGGAACUCAAAAUUUCACACAUCUCAUGUGGCCCAAUGGGAAUGAUCGCUUUUGUAAAUAUGCUUUCAAGUACGCGAAUCUAGCUGCAGAGCUAGAUCAAAUGGUGACUAGAAUGAUAUUUGAAAGUUAUGGAGUGGACAAAUACUACGACUCAUACAUUGGGUCUACUACUUACCUUCUUCGACUUUUGAAAAAUAGAGCACCCAAAGGUGAUGAGCCCAAUUUAGGUUUUGUCACUCACACUGACAAGAGCUUCACAACCAUACUUCAUCAAAAUGAAAUUAAUGGUUUGGAAGUGGACACCAAGGAUGGCAAGAAGAUCAAUGUUGAGCUCUCUCCUUCAUCUUUUGUUGUCGUAGCUGGUGAUGCAUUAAUGGCAUGGAGCAAUGACAGAAUAGUAUCUCCUAGCCACCGAGUGAUCAUGAAUGGGAAAAUAGACAGAUACUCCCUGGCACUGUUUGCUUUCAACAAUGGAAUGAUACAAGUUCCUGAAGAACUGGUUGAUGAGAACCACCCUUUAAUGUACAAGCCAUUGGAUCAUAUUGGACUCCUCCAUUUCUUUCGGACAGAAGAGGGCUACAAAUGCAAAUGCCCUAUUAAGUCUUAUUGUGGAGUUUAA